UCUUAUUAGGCAUGUCGCAGACUCAUCCAAGCAAGCACGGCAGGCAGCAAGCCCGUCAGGGGACGGCUGCUCGGCGGCAGUCGGUGCCUAAGCCGAGCCCCGCUCCGGGCCCGCGGGGGCGAGGGGCCCCGGCCAGCCCCGCUCCCCCGGGGCCGCUCCGAGGCGAUGCCGGUGGCGGUGGCUCCCGGCGCUGCGCCGCCUCCGUCUGGAGUCAGACGCUCGGGGUCCGCGGCAGCUGCAGCCGCGGCGGAGGGGCAGGGGCAGGGGGGGCCAUGCUCCGGGAGCGCGGGCGCUGCGGUGCCGGAGGGGGAGGGCCUUUCCCUGGUUGGACGUGGCCAAAAGCACAAGGGGAAAAAAAAAAAAAAAAAAAAAAAAGGAAAAAAGAAAAGGGUGGGGGGGGGGGGGAAGAAAAAUCACAGCACCGGCGCUGCCCACAGGUGCGCGGAGCUGCGGGGUGCCGGUGCCGGCUGCAGCCCCCGCGGCGAACGCGGGGCUGUGCCCGCGCCCCUCCCGGCGGUGCGGGGCGGGGGGCGCCGCCGGUGCUGAAGGGACAGCGCCGCGCUUCCGCCGCCUCCGCCCCUGCGCCCGGCCGGCCCGGGUCGAGCGCUUGCCGGUGCGGGCGGCGGGACCCGCGGCGCUGCCGCCGCUCCUCCCGCCGCUCCUCCCGCCGCUGCCGAGCCGCUCGGUGCAGCCCGCCCGCCGCCGGGCACCGCCGCGCAGGCGCCGCUCCCGCCCGGGUCCUAGCGCGGGCCGCGCCCGCCGCCGCGGCCGGGACGGGGGUGCCCGCUCCGGGACCCGGGGCUGCGGGCAGAGCGCCCUCCCGCCCCGCUCACCUCCCCGCUGCCGCGCGGGGGUCACACAGAGGGUCCCCUUCGGGAGCGGUGGGUGUCCCGGUGCUGCCCCCCGCUCGGCUCUGAGUGACCCUCUCGAGCACCAUUGACGUGAGUCACGGCUGUGCUCGUCCUGCCUGGACCGGACUGGCUGACGGGCAGAAUUCGAGAUCUCCCCCGGCAACCAAACAAAAAAAGGCCACAGGUAAUGGUCAUGGAGUGCUUGAAGGGCAUCUGCCUUCUCUCAUCACAAAGUGAAGGGAGUGAGCAGAAUGGUUCAAGAAGGAGCAGAUGGAAACAGCUGCCAACAGAUGAGUACUGGAAUGGAUUCAAGCCACAUUACUUGCUGGAACUUGAGAGUUUGUGAUGGCCUGAGCUUUCCCAACCACAGGUAUUGGAAGGCCACCCUAAAACCUUCUCUUUUCCAGGCUAAACAAUCCCAAAUCUCUCAGCCUUUCCUCAUAGGAGAGGUGCUCCAUCCCUCUGAUCAUCUUGGUGGUCUCCUCUGGACUCACCCCAACAGGUCAAUAUCCCUUCUCUGCUGAGGACCCAGGGCUGGAGGCACAGCUGCAGGUGGGAUCUCACCAGAGCAGAGUAGAGGGGAAAAUCACCUCCCUUGGUCCGGUGGCCAAGAUUUGUGCCCUAUUGAGGGACUUGGUCACCAGAGAAUGUCAUUAUGAUCCUGCUGUCAUCUGCAGUUUCUCUGCAUCUUCCCCUCUUGGGACACGGGCUUCUUGGCAAGCAGCCUGUGUCCCUCAGGACCACUGCUCUCAGCACAGGCCAUACAAUGCAUUCAAAGACCUUCCAUUUUCUCCCUCCUUUUGUCUUUAUUUUUCACUUAAAGAGAAACAGAAUGGUGCCCCAGAAUUUGUCUAGCAAUAAAAAAGCCCAAACCCAACCAACCAUACUAUUCUUACAAUUUUUUCUCUCAGUUUCUAUGGAAGGUUCUUGGUAGGGAGGAAAUUGUUUUUCCAGUAUAUUUUUCUUGAUGCUCCUAAUGUAUGGGUCUCCAGGUGCUGUAUGAAGGCUGUGAAUAUCUUUGUUUCUGCACCAACAAACCUUACAUUAUGGAAAGAUGAUAGAACAUGGAGUUCACCAAACAAUGAUUUCAGGAAGAAAUGUAGUUAAAAUUUUUCCCAGCAGAUGUGGCUGUUGGACCAGAAAAGGCUCAAGGUCAGUUCAGGUGGGUUAGGGAGAACUGUGGAGAUUGGAGGACCCCUUUUACUGCCAUGGAUAUGCAGCACUAGGUGGUAAUUGUGCUGAGAUCCAGGCUUCUGAGUGAAUCUGACUCCCAACAAAAAAAAACAAACCAAUAUCCCAAUGAAAAUUGCAACCUCCCUCAGUUAUGUUAUUAAGUGGGUUAUUGUCUGUUAGAGUUUUUAGUAAAUUUUUAAUAAAUAGUUACAGUAUUUGCUAUUGAUAAACGUGAGGUUAUGCAUUGAGUAUUACAUAAAAUUGCACACUUGUUGAUGUUGCUAAGAUGCCUGUAGAUGAUAUUGGUGUUGUAGUAAGAAAAUGUGAAUUCAGUGCCAUGUUGACUGUAUUAUUGGUAAACCCCUGAGGUUUUCUAUCACCCCAUGGUUACAGGAUAGAUCAGUUUUCACCAUUAGCUUACAGUGUUAAGGUCUUUAUUCAGAAGUGGCUGUGUAUGCAAAAUGUAGGUUUCUGGGUCCACAGGGAAAUUUCUGGAUUCCUUGUACUGGCCUAAGUGGCUCUGUCAGACAUGUUCCUAAUUCCUGCUGGGUCCUGGGAGGGAAAAGACUAUCUGACAGCUCUUCUGUAUUAUGCUAGGGACCAUCCCCUCCCUCGUUAGCCCUGAAAUGUCAAAUAUGGAAAGGUCUCCAUUUAAUGACAUUCCCAGUUGGGCAACAAGCCUGUUGGAGGGAGCAUGCUGCAUCCAUCAAGGAGAGGAGGUCAUGGCUGUCCAACAGUUUUACUAGAAAACCAGUGAUUUGAAAGGCUGAGGGAGGGUGAGCUGAUAGUAAAUAGUGCUUAAUGAGGUACUUGGAUGUGCCUCCCAAGAUGAUCUCCAGGUCAUGCUGUCAGAGAUUUGCACUCUGACUCUACAGAGGCCUUCUUACCUACUGCCUGUGAAGCCAAGAUUGCCACAUGCAAGUUAUGUGAAAUGACCUUCAUACCAUCUCCUGCUAUCACAGGCUCCGUGUCAGCCACUCAUUUAGGAACGGUUGUAGGUUUUCAGCACUAUUAUGGGGGCAGUUUCUGGAUGGUACUUUGAAGAUCAGGUGAGCAAUAAAGCCUGGCAGCUUGUUCAGAGGGUUGUGCUCAGGGGGAUCGGCACAUCUGAAAGCGUUGUGACAGAAAUGGGUCAGUGACCAGAGCACGAGCAAAGGGUCACAGCAGGGAGUGAGCCAAAGUCCUGGCUUUGCACUGCUACGUGGACACUAUCCCAGACAGUAUUAUGUGCAGUAGCCUGAAAAUAUUCCUACUGAAGCUGGAAAUAUUCCUACUGAUUUCAAGGAAAUUUUAAACAAAAAUGAAAUAUUAAUUAAUUCAUUCAUUAAAAUUCAUGAGGUAUAAGGUACAAAGGUUUCCUUGCUGUUUUGGAUGUAGUUCUUCUGAAGAUGACAGUUUUGGCCCUUUGCACACUUUGAACCUUUCAAAUAUCUCUGCAAAAUGUAAGAUGUAAAAUGAAAACUGCUUUUCUGUCCACUUUCAAGGGUUUUUUUUAAGGUCUUUAUCUUGAGUUGAAAAUGACAAGUCAUUUUAGAAGAUCAGCAUCUGGUGUAAAGCAAUUGCUGAUUUACUAUUUCUUUAAUAUAUUUGGAUACAGAUAAUAAAAUCUUUUUAAAGGGAAAACAUAUACAAGGAAUAGUUCAUAUAUCUUUUACCAAAAAUUGAAUGUUCGGUAUGUGAAAUACUUCUGUAGCAGUAUUGCUGUGAUAAUGCAGGAAAUGGUGUUUAACAUUGUUAUUUGCAAUUUUAUUGCACUUUGUUGUGGAAUAUCAAAAGCAGGAAAAAGAUCCUCUUCAUUCUCAUACUGCAAAAUAUCUGAUGAAAUGUAAAAUCAGAGCAUUUAUUACAUGUAAGUGAGGUAUAAAUUUAUUCCUCUUCACUUUUUCCAUAGCAGUGGUUUGAGUGAGAUAACCCAGUAAUACUGGGUUUGUCAUGCAGCGCUUUCUUAAGCUACCAAAUCAAAUAUUCCUAAAAUGUGCACUUAUCAUUAUGCUUGAAGACACCUACUUAUUUGUUUGUAUCUGUAUGGCUUUCCCUGUGGAGGCAGUGUUCCUUAAGAAACAUCAUAUUGAACUGGAAAGUUUAUGUGAUACAAACUUUCAGACUGUCAGUGUGUGUUCAGAGCCCAUGCUGGGGUGUUUCUGUAGACCAAGGUCGGCUGCACUUUGUCUUGUAGUAUCAACCCUUAAUGCCUAAAUUCCUCUUCAGGAGCCCAACUUAAGAACCAAAGUUUGUAUAUGUUGCAUCAGCCUUGCAUAUGCUCCUUGGCUGUGUCAGAACUAAACUAAAGCUCUGAAUCCAAAUAUUACUAGCCUCAAAAUAUUUACUUAUAGAGACUGGGAUAUAUUUCUAUCAGUUACGUGCUGUUCUCUUGAUGCACAGGGCUUUGUUUUAAAUAUAUUUAUUACCUUAGAAAUAAACAGGACGAAAUGACACAGGGGAACAAUUUUCCUUAUCUAAGUAAAAAAUAAAUAUUUUUGUAUCUUAAACAUGUAUUUAUCGGUGCUGACGCCCUUUGGCCUUACUCCAGUGAACUUUUCUCACUGACAUCAAUGGGAGAAAGAUGGGCUCUGCAUAGAAAACCUAUGAAUAUUUUUUCCUCAUCAUCCAUCCAUCUAUUUUGGGAUGUGCUAAAUGCCUGUUCUCUGUUGUAACAUUAACAUCAGUAUGUGGAAACUCGGGUGGCUAAAAUAAAUCAGUGAAAUGCAAUAUACAUGACUUCACAUGGAACUGCGUGUACAUUGUUGAGCACAAGUGCCCUGUGCUUGCUCUGCCAUGCCAGCCCUACAGCCAGGUACCCCCCAUUGUGUCCCUCAGAAGUGGGGUGCAAGCAAGGCAGGCAUGAACUGUGUGCUGCCAGCAUGUCCAGAGCCUCUGUCAUUCCUGAGCUGCCAAAAUACUUUUUGGUUGCCAUUUAAUGGCAGUAAAAUUGAUAUUUUUACUAGACUCAAAUAAUGGGGAUUAAAAGAUCUUUAGUAUUUCACAAAAGCACUUAUUUAAUCUUUAGCAUUUUGGGCCUGAUUUGGCCUGAUUUCAUUACUGAACUGAAAGAAAAUGAUAUUGAUCAUGUGUGAGUCCUGAUUUGUGAGGCAACUGUCUCUCCUUAGCUUUUGUAAGGUGUACAGGCUUCCAACUAACCUGGGCUAUUUUUCCAACCUCAGUCAAGACCCUCCUAAUUCAUGAUAGUAUGAAUUAGCACACUCUCAAAUUAGUUUGAUUUU